AUGGCACGCAACGGGACAAACCCCAACACCGACGUCACUUCCGCUGAUUCCCAAUCAGAGGGACACGUCCCUGGAGCUCGGGGGGUUGAGGAACCCCGCAUGACGAGAUCCCGAGCCCAGGCCUUGGCGAACGCAGCCGCGGACGCCCCUCAAGCACCACUUACGCUUGAGAACCUCGAUGAACGUCUGAGGCUUGUUGAAGAUCUGGACGGACGUGUGGACGACCUGGAACAAGAGAUCUCCGCAAUAGGUGGGAACACCAAGGAGAUGCUCGAGGACUUGGCCCGACAACACCGGAUAGAGCGAGACAUGACCGAGGACAGAUUCCGGCUCGUGCAGGAGACGCAUGAGCGUGAGGUAACUGAUUUACGUGCUUUAAUUAACGAGUUAAAACUCGAGUGCAGGACACAUAGGAACACCGCUCAAGCCGGGCCUGCCCAAGCACCUCACCAUCCCAUCCUCAAAGCACCCGAGCCUCCCCUCUUCAAUGGGACUCGGAAUGCACAAACGGUGGAGUCUUUCAUCUUCGGGAUUGAGCAGUACUUUAACUCCUAUGGGGUUAGAGAUGACCACUCCCGAAUCACUCAUGCUCCCACCUACUUUAGGGACUUGGCCCUACUAUGGUGGAGACGGGUUCUAGCUGACCAAGAGCGAGGAGAACGCCAAAUCAACACUUGGGCGCAAUUCAAAGCCGAGUUAAGGCGUCACUUCGUCCCCACCAAUGCCGGUGAAGAAGCUCGGACUAGGUUCCGAAGACUUCGACAAACAGGGAGUAUAGUAGAUUACAUUCGUGAAUUCUCUUCAUUAUGUCUUGAGCUUAAUGAUUUAUCCGACCGUGAUGCGCUAUUUCAUUUUAAAGACGGAUUGAAGGAGUUUGCUCGUCUUGAAGUUAACAGGAGGAAUGCACAGACCCUAGACGAGGCCAUCACUAUUGUGGAAGGUUUACCGGACUACUCGAGCCGUCCCAGCCAGCAGCCUCGGCCCAAGGAAGGGAACAGGCCUCGACCCUCGUUCCAAAACCGAGAACAGUCCCGACCUCACAAACCAAACCACUCACAAAGUCAUGGCCAAUCUAGGGAUCGCUCCAAGCCACCGAACCCCUGCUACCUAUGUGGGGGUCCACAUUGGGUGAGAGAAUGCCCGAAGAGAGCCAAGAUGAAUGCCAUGGAGACUCAACCCGAGAAGGGGAAAGAGAAAGGCAAAGGCAAGGUCACGGACAAGGACCAAGCUAGUGUUGGCUCCAUGUUACGCUUCGGGGCCCUCUCACAACCACCUCAAACCGAGAAGGAGGAGACAUCCGAGACCCCAAGACAAGGACUUCUCUACGCGGACAUUGAUGUCUAUGGUAAGAUCGUUCCCGCAAUGUUUGAUACGGGAGCAUCCCAUAACUUUUUGGAUGUAGGUGAAGCCAAGAGACUCAAACUCCGAGUAGAAGGAAGUGGAGGGACCGUGAAGGCGGUGAACUCUCCAGCCCUAGCAGCUGUCGGUGUAGCCAAGGAUGUCCGGAUCCAAAUAGGAGACUGGAUCGGGAAGACCGAUUUCACUGUCCUACCGAUGGACGACUUCAAACUCGUCCUUGGACUCACCUUCUUCCGGUCGGGAGAAACCUACUGUGGUCCAACUUCGCGAGUCCCCUACGAGCCUCCCCUCUAUCUCGGCUAUGCAAUUCAAAAGGGGAGUGAAGAGCUCGGAUUGUUACUUGGCCACGAUCCGAGACCUCAACGACUCGAGCUCCUCGGACCAACCACCCUUACCACGGGAG